AUGGGGGAAAUUGCCAGCCUUGAACAGGUAGCUGCUGUAGUAGGUGGUGUGGUAGGAGGAAUUAUUCUGCUGGUCCUUAUUGGAAUAGCUGCGUACCUCUUUUGGAAGAAAGUCUACCUCAAAGCUUCUUAUGAAGAACUUGUUGAAUCUGCUUCCCCUGUCCGGCAGGACACAGUUGCCACCGAAGCAUCUUCUUCACCUCAUCCUCCAAAGGCAAGAACGAAAAGUGUCCCUUUUAUUGUUCCACCAAAAUUUAAUAGACAAGCUUGGACUGAAAUGAUAAAUGGAGAACAUGUUCAGGAAGACAGUGAUCUCUACCUUACCCCAGAUUCUGGGCCUCGAUCCUCUUUCCAUUCUUUAGCAGGAGCAUACCUUGUAGGUGCCAUUAACCCAGAACUCUAUAAGUUUCCCGAAGACAAGAGUGAGACAGACUUUCCUGAAGGAAACAUUGGUCGACUUUGGUUCUCUGUGGAAUAUGAGCCAGAAUCAGAAAGGCUUCUUGUCUCUUUGAUCAAAGCUCGAAAGUUGCAGUCUCCUGCCAGCUCUUGCAACCCCUUCGUGAAAAUCUACCUGCUGCCUGAUGAGAGGCGUUACUUGCAGUCCAAGACCAAGCGGAAAAAUCUCAACCCUCAGUUUGAGGAGAACUUUGUUUUCCAGAUUUCCAGUAACACACUCCACCAAAGGACACUGAAGUUCUGUGUCUACCAUGUUGACAAACAGAAGAAGCAUAUUCUCCUAGGACAAGUAACUUUCCCUCUGAAAAAUGAAAGCUUAUCUGGUGAUGGGAAAGUCAUUGUUUGGAGAGAUUUGGAAGCAGAUAACCUCGAGGUGCCUUCUGAACACGGUGACCUCCAGUUUUCUCUCAGCUACAAUGGCUAUCUGGGCCGUCUCACAGUGGUGGUGCUAAGAGCAAAGGGCUUGAAGUUCCAGAAAGAAAAACAAGCUCUUGAUAAGUGUGGUGUUUUUGUCAAAGUGUCUCUAAUGAAGCAGAAUCAGUUCAUCAAAGCCAAAAGAACUACAGCUGUUGUGAGUUUGUCUGAUCUGUUGUUCAAUGAGACGCUGAGCUUCAAGGUUGACCAACUAGAGCUGGAUACAACAAGCCUGAGCCUAUCUGUGCUCCAGGAAGUGGAGGGAGGAGAAACCUACUCGCUGGGUCGUGUGGUUAUUGGGCCCUUCAUGUACACCAGAGGCAAAGAACUGGAACACUGGAAUGAAAUGAUCAGCAAACCCAAGGAACUGGUGAAGAGGUGGCAUGCACUGUCUCUUAGUAGCUGAAGGGUGAAGAGCUCUCUUGCAAGUGAGACCUUCUGCCUUUGCAUAGUGGGAGUAAAGGACUUUCUACAGUGUUAUCUACAGAUCGGUCUACCAGAUGUAUCUCCAGUUAGGUAUUUUUCACAGAAACUCUGUGGCUAGUAAUUAACAAUGGUUGGCAACCUCCGUAGAAAGAUAUUGGCCUAAACACGAUCUCCUCCAUCAUCCACUCAAAUGCAGAAAAGAAUAGGACCCUUAAAAUUAGGAGCGCUCCUAAACUAGGAAGGAAAGGAUCUGAAAGCCUACAUAUAGCUGCCAUUGAAAUUGAGUAUGCUUUUGCCUAAGGGCCUCAUCGCAAAGGCCAAGCAAAGUGUCCCACUUGUUUGGCAUUGCGGCAAAAGGAGAGGAAAAGCAGUGUGAAUCUGUCAUUGAGGCAAAAGGAGAGGGAAAGCAGUGUGAAUCUGUCAUUCCGCGUGCGGCUUCGUAUUGGCAACGCUUUCACUAUCACACGGGGGAAACAUUGCAGUCCCAGAGAGGACCUCUUGUGUUGUAGUGGAAGCCUCUGGCAAUGCUUUCACCCCAGUUGGGGGUAAGGUCUUCGCAGGAAGUCACACAACGCUGUGUGAUGGCUG